CACACGCGUUAAAGCCAGGACAGCUCAGCCAGGUGUGCGCACAUGUGUGCGGGAGCGGGGGCCACAGGGGAGGGGAGAGCUCCCACAGAUGGUGUCAGAUUCCUUUUGCAAAGGGAGGACAUCCUCAUGAUGUAUCUGCAAGUCUUUAUCAGUACCAGAGCCUUGACAGGAACUGAAGAGAUACAAAAAGCUGUGAGAACAAAGAUCCCAACAACUAGGAAGUGAAAAAAAGGUGUCUAACUGAAAAAAAGAGAGGAACUAAAAAGAAUCAGGGUGAGAUCAGUGGUCAGGUACUACUGUACCCUCCAAGGAUUUAUGAGCAGUGGAAACAUGUGUCCCUUGGCGUGUCACUCCCUGAAUGAAGAGGCAGUGAUGGCAGAACAAGGGAGGCAGGGAGUGAGAAAGUCAACCACCACCAGCAACAGCCAGCAGGCAAAGGAGCCCUGCAGGGAACCCACAGUCAUGGCACCUUCUUCUCGGAGCAGCUGCUCCUGGGGAAGGAAGAUGAUAGGAUUAGGAGUGCGCCCAUGACCCAUGUCUUCUUCCAGGUGUGCUGGGACAGGCAAAGUAGGAAUAGGACUUGAAGCAACCGAGUGCCAGAUGGGCUCUGCAGAAGGACAGAUUCCUUCCCAGCUACACUUGAUGGUGCUAUGUCACAGAUGUCCUGCUAAAUCAGCUCUUGCACUUUCUUAGUGUCAUGCCUCCUGCAGACUUUGGUGUGGCAAAUACGCCUUUGCCUGCUAUGGGCAUAGACACCUCUUCAGAGUUCACUUCUUUUUGGGUCCCUGCCACACACCAGCAUUGAGCAACCAGGGUUCUGGAAAGGGGCUCAACCCCAACGUGCCCAAGCUCAUGGGAUUGAGAGAACUCAGGGUCUUUUUACUGACUAGUGGUUAAAUCAACUUUGCUCUCACUUCCCGUAUUUCACUUCUACCUUCUAUUUGGCAGUAUGUUGGGGAGGGGAAUCUUUUAAUUUUCCCCUGUCAGUCCUCAGGGUGGCUGAGUUAGCGUGGGAGCAAAGAUGAGAAAAUGCUUGGCACUAUGACCCAGGGCAGGUCUCCUCAGUUGCAAGGACACCUGGGUGGUGCUUCAUUCAUGAUUACGUUUGCUUUCAUAGGAUGUGUUUUAGCUUAUCAGCUUUGGAUAGCAAAGUUCAGGCUUUGUGGCCAGUCAGAAGUGCAUCAGGAAGUGAGAAAGGAGGGGAGACAAUAGCAGCGUGACAGACGUAGGACCAGCCAUGGCACAGUAGGGGAUGGCUGUGAUUUUGAUGAACAAGUAGCCAAAGAGCCUGCCUGCUUCUGUUUUGAUUCAAGCUGCUUGCAGUUUUGGUGCCUGAAUUGAGACCUCUGCAGCUACAGCAAUCACAAGCCAGCAAGCCUGCCUGCACUCUCGGCUCUUCACCAGCAGAGAGAGCAAGACUACUGGCAACAAAUUCAUUUUCCACCUGAAAACAGAAAGAACUCUCUGCCCAGGUAGCAUCUGUAGUUUGAGUUGCUCUUUUCUGUCCUUGCCGGGGAAAUGGCCAUGGUCUAAGCAGAUGAUCUCCAGGGGCUCAUCUUCACUGAGAGGAAUUGUGCUGACAUUCAACAACUGUCGAUGACCUUCCAUUGCAUCAGCAUCCCAAUAACCACUGGAAAGAAUUGCUGACUAUGUUACCAUCCCUGCCAGCCAACCACUGACGAGCAAUCCAAAGCAACACCAGCCAGGAGAGAGAUGUACCCAUCUACUUCCAAGCUGCAGAUGAAGGGAAUGGCCUGCAUGUGGCUUCCUAGAGGGGAAUGACAUCUCUCAGUGCUUUGCUUUGUGCCUCCUUAGUCCACCAGCAGGCUCAGCUGUCUCAACAAGACCCUUCCCCGACCCCUACUGGGCAUGUCAGCUCCCAACGUAUCUCAGACAUGCAAGGAUUACAGAGUCAACCACCAGCUCCUCCUGCCUGGCUACACCCUGAUAUUCAUCACAGGUUUGUUGCUGAACGUGAUGGCCCUGUGGAUAUUCAUCCGGUACCUGCGUCUGAAGUCAGUAGUGAUGAUCUACAUGUUGAACCUGGCCGUGAGCGACCUUACCUUCACGCUCUCUCUGCCACUUCGAAUCUACUACUAUUCCAACCACCACUGGCUCUUUGGUAACACCCUGUGCCAGGUCUCUGGCUCUGUCUUCCAGAUCAACAUGUAUGGUAGCUGCCUCUUCCUUAUGUGCAUCAACCUGGAUCGUUAUGUUGCCAUUGUUCACCCACUUCGCUGGCGGCAUCUGCGGCGCCCCAAGGUGGCCAAGAUCCUUUGCUUGAUUGUCUGGGUUGUGAUCUUCAUGGGCUCCAUCCCCACAGCCAUGGUCCACAAGCAAAACCAAUGUGAGGUACAGAAUAAAACGAUUUAUCUGUGCUUUGAAAGCUUUAGUGACAACAUGUGGCAGAAUAACCUUUUCCCUCUAGUUGUCCUGGCUGAAAUCUUAGGGUUUCUCUUGCCUCUCAGUUGUGUGACAUACUGCUCAACACGAAUCUUUCAGGAGCUCUGCCAGGACAGCCAGACAAAGACUCUGCGACAGCAGAAGACUGUCCGUCUCCUGGUGGUCAAUCUGGUCAUCUUUAUCAUCUGCUUUGUCCCCUACAACACCACCCUGGCAGUUUAUGGGAUGAUAAAGGCCCAGGUGGUGAAAGUUGAGCAAGAAACACAGACAUCCGUGCGCCAAGUGUUAAUUACGACAAUGCUGUUAGCCAGCAUGAACUGCACGCUGGACCCCUUGAUCUACUACUUUAGUACUGAGGGUUUCCGUAACACCUUUAAGAAACUGCGUCGGGGACAAGCCUGGGACUCCGAUAUAGGAAUGCUUAAGAAUCAAGUUGUCAACAAUAAGUCAACUCAAGUCCAUACUGCCUCAAAAGUAAAACGGUUCCCAGCUGAAAACUUCAUUCGUCCCAAUGAAUCUUUGCCGUCACUUCCUACAGCAGUAUUUUUGAAUGGCCCUAUUGAGGACUCGGAAAUAUAACCAUGGAAAGGUCGUACUGUUGCUGAGUCACCCAUUCAAUAAUUACAGCAACAAUGUGCAAAGCAGCUGAGGGGAACUCAGCAAACCGUUUGAAGGAGCACAGCAGACUGUAGGUGGGUGAAUGCAGUGAUACAAAACUGAAGGAUGAAAGGUUGGCAAGUAUGUUUUGAAUAAACAGAGAUUCUUUGGUGACAUGGUCCCACCUGACUCUUUUGGUACAGGAAACAUAGUGGGGAAUAAGGACACAAAACAAACGUGGUAGGAGGUACAUCAAAGGUGCUUGUGUAGCUGUACACACGUGUGCGCACGGGCGCGCACACACACACACACAUAAUGCAGCGUAAUGGCUAUACAUUUGCCUAAAGCGAAACAGUUUGAGAAACACAAGCAUGCUUGAAAAUGCCUCUGGCAUUCAUAAUGGCCCCAGAAAAAAAGAGGAUACUGAUA